GUGGAAUAUCUCUGCAUACUUUGCAUAAGAUACUGCUACAUAUAGUAGGUUGGAACACACAACAGUAUGAUUACCAUUCUUACUGCUUUGUGGAUCAAUCAGAUGGCGCGGUGUUUGGACCAAACAAAUCCACCGCUGUUGAUAGCAUGUUAGUCUUCUGUAAUGGUUACAAGUUCUUUGAUGACAAGAAAUUACAGCUUGGAUUGUUGUUACAGAAGGAAGGAGACAGGUUGUUAUACAUAUAUGAUCUGGGGGAUCAAUGGGAGCAUCUUAUCACCGUGGAAACAAUACUCAGUGAGGAAGUGUCAACUGGUGCUUGUUUGGUUAUUAAUGGUGCUUUGCAUUGCCCACCAGAGGAUUCCUUAGGUUGUUGGGAGGCUUCUGGUAAUCCGUCUUAUCAAGGUCUCAUGGACUUAUUGCCAAGACAAAAGAAGUGGCGAGGACCUUUUGAUUCUUCAGUCAGUCUCCGUGCAAAGAUCUUGCUAAAGGAAGGUGGAAUGGCAAACAACGUCACCGAUGGCAUGUUGGACCCAUUCAAAUUUGAAAUUGAGGAUGUUAAAGACAAACUGAAGAAAUGCAUUACACAGAGUAUAAGGGAUAUGAGUGGAUCUAAAAGAACUAAGAAUCAUGGUGUUGCUAUGUGUUGUAAUUGUGGCAAUCCACAUAAUCUGCAUUUAUGUUCAGGUAUGCUAUUCAAUAUGUAUUUAUUGCUAACAUAUAUUCAUCUUUGA